AUGCUCGGGGAGUCUGGUCUUUUGCAAAGCAGUAUGGCACGUAUCUACCCCCACUUCCACUAUGAUUCCUUCUCCAAUUCACAGGAUAAGGACCUCCCCCCGAACAUUGAACGAUACCUCCGGCUCAUCCACCCCCAUGAUUACACCCAACUGCAAAAAAAGGGAGAAGGGGAUGAUAACGGGGAAGAAGGAGACAAUGAGGAUAAGGUAGAGGAGGUGGGAAAGGAGGAGUCCGAGGAUUCCAUUCUCGAUGACACUGACGGGAGCCACGAUGGUCUUGAUGAUAAGAAGAAGCCCGCCAAGAAAAGGGAUGAUUAG